AUGUACAGUUGGUCAUGCUCGGGGUGUCCUGCUGCCCUGGCCAACCUCCCACGCCUGCUGCCCUCUCCUGCUGCCCUGGCCAACCUCCCACGCCUGCUGCCCUGGCCAACCUCCCACGCCUGCUGCCCUGGCCAACCUCCCACGCCUGCUACCCUCUCCUGCUACCCUCGCCAACCCUGUCCUGCUGCCCUCUCCUGCUGCCCUUGCCUGCUGCCCUCUCCUGCUGCCCUCUCCUGCUGCCCUCUCCUGCUGCCCUUGCCUGCUGCCCUUGCCUGCUGCCCUCUCCUGCUGCUCUCUCCUGCUGCUCUCUCCUGCUGCCCUUGCCUGCUGCCCUCUCCUGCUGCCUGCUGCCCUCUGCCUGCUGCCCUUGCCUGCUGCCCUUGCCUGCUGCCCUCUCCUGCUGCCCUCUCCUGCUGCCCUUGCCUGCUGCCCUCUCCUGCUGCCCUUGCCUGCUGCCCUUGCCUGCUGCUCUCUCCUGCUGCCCUCUCCUGCUGCUCUCUCCUGCUGCUCUCUCCUGCUGCCCUCUCCUGCUGCCCUUGCCUGCUGCCCUUGCCUGCUGCUCUCUCCUGCUGCCCUUGCCUGCUGCCCUUGCCUGCUGCUCUCUCCUGCUGCCCUCUCCUGCUGCCCUCUCCUGCUGCCCUUGCCUGCUGCCCUUGCCUGCUGCCCUCUCCUGCUGCCCUCUCCUGCUGCUCUCUCCUGCUGCCCUUGCCUGCUGCCCUUGCCUGCUGCCCUUGCCCGCUGCCCUCUCUUGCUGCCCUCUCCUGCUGCCCUCUCCUGCUGCCCUCUCCCGCUGCCCUCUCUUGCUGCCCUCUCCUGCUGCCCUCUCCUGCUGCCCUCUCCUGCUGCCCUCUCCUGCUGCCCUCUCCUGCUGCCCUCUCCUGCUGCCCUCUCUUGCUGCCCUCUCCUGCUGCCCUCUCCUGCUGCCCUCUCCUGCUGCCCUCUCCUGCUGCCCUCUCUUGCUGCCCUCUCCUGCUGCCCUCUCCUGCUGCCCUCUCCUGCUGCCCUCUCUUGCUGCCCUCUCCUGCUGCCCUCUCCUGCUGCCCUCUCCUGCUGCCCUCUCCUGCUGCCCUCUCUGCUGCCCUCUCCUGCUGCCCUCUCCUGCUGCCCUCUCCUGCUGCCCUCUCCUGCUGCCCUCUCCUGCUGCCCUCUCUGCUGCCCUCUCCUGCUGCCCUCUCCUGCUGCCCUCUCCUGCUGCCCUCUCUUGCUGCCCUCUCCUGCUGCCCUCUCCUGCUGCCCUCUCCUGCUGCCCUCUCCUGCUGCCCUCUCCUGCUGCCCUCUCCUGCUGCCCUCUCCUGCUGCCCUCUCCUGCUGCCCUCUCCUGCUGCCCUCUCCUGCUGCCCUCUCCUGCUGCCCUCUCCUGCUGCCCUCUCCUGCUGCCCUCUCCUGCUGCCCUCUCUUGCUGCCCUCUCCUGCUGCCCUCUCCUGCUGCCCUCUCCUGCUGCCCUUGCCGACCUCCCACGCCGGGUAUUUUAG